AUGAGGAUUGGGAUGCAGAAUAAGAUUAAAUGGAGUUAAUGCAAUUGUUGAUAAUUUCAAGUUGCACUCAACCUUAGCAUCUGAAUUAUGUUCCCAUAUUUUCGGAUAGUAUCCCAACGUUGUUAGAUAUAAUGCCAACCAAUUCAAUCUCACUCCAUAAUAGUGCCUGAAAAUAAAACCUGGAUUCUGCAACAGACCAUGAGUAUGGAUAAUAUGAUCGCAAACAUUCUAUAGUGUUUUGUUUUGAUCUUGGUUCAGCUCGAGUAACCUAUUAAGAUGCUCCUUCGCUUGUCCAUUUUAAAUUAGGAAAAAUAUGGAAGAACAAAACCAGAAGCAUCAAGUCGGAAAGACGUCUUCCCACUUGUUAACAUUCAGAUUCUCCUUUGUGAGUGGAAGCUAUUUUUUAUGCGCAAUCUUUCUAUGCACAUUACACUUGUUUGUUAAUCAACAUCUUUUAGCUUUACUAGACCAAUCUUUAAUGCAUUUGUGAAGCCUUUUAUCCUGUUUUUCAGAAGUUGCAGUCGAAAGUGAUUAAAUAUUUCGUGUAGACUUCAUGUGUUAUUUCGCUUUUAAUAUUGAUGAAAAUUUUGUCAUCAAUUCGUUGAUAGCUCUAAGUUGUUGUGCCUUUUUUCUAGGGACAAACCAAGGAGCAGCCCUGUUAAAUUUAGAGACUGGAAGAUUAUCUUGGCUUUACCGCACUAAAAGUGAUAUUUUCUCACAAAGAUUUGACCAAUCGGUACGUAUCAUUCUUCUUUUUAGAUUCAUAUGUGCAGCAUUAUUUAUUAUUCAUAUUUAAAACUUUUAUCAACUAGUUUAAGGCUGGCCAUUAUGUAUUUUGUCUUUGUAUGCUUUUGGUCUGUCAUCUUAAACUAUCCUUGCAUGCCUGAUAUUAGCCAAAAGAAAUGUCUUCUUUGUCCCUAGAUGUUGCUCUGCAGGUGAAGUUAUGAUAUACAUGUAGUAUGUAUUGGAUUGGAGACUAGUGAGUAAAUUUGUACAUGAAAUUUUGUGCACUUAUUUUCAACUUUCUCCAAUAAUUAAGGGUACCUCUAUAAUUUUAUUUCAUCAAGGCCCUUUGGAUUUUUUUGCUUCAUUCAUAAUAACUGAUUUUUUUCCAAAAUUCAAUUUAUAAGCUGGUCAAAAUUCAUAAAUUAGCUUGCUGAUUCAUCUUGGGUACAAAUCUUUUCUGGUUAUUCUCAUCGUGUGUUUGCUGGUGAUUUUUGGCAUAUGCUUUUGGGCGAGUCUAAUUUAGGAGAUGACUUGAUUACCAUGCUUGAUUAACUUUCUACCACUAGGAUCCGGUUUUGAAAUCGUAAUCUUCUUCAUGAAUUCAAUUUAUAAGCUGGUCAAAAUUCAUUGUGCUUGUAUUUUCAUUUAGUAUUGUUAUGUUUCAUAUAUCGGCUAUAUGUUUUUUUCCAAUGUGUGGCAGGGAAAUGUGGUCUUAUGUGGGCUUAGAAAUGGGUCAAUUCUAGUGGUCGACGUUCGGCAGAAGCCAUCAGGAUCUCGCCGGCAUUUCACUUCAUCUACUAGAGAUCCAGUAGAAUCUACUGCAGAAGGGGCAAACAUGCAUCAAAGAAAGCACCACAGGAAUUGGAUCACACGAAGACAUCAGGUAGAAGUUCAUUAUAUCAUUUGUUUGUCCCUUGUUCCUUGCACCUAGGAGCACAUCCAUAAGAUUUGCAUCCUUGCUAAUCUUUUAGUUUCUGAUUGCAAUUCCUUCUAUUCUUUUGGACUGGUUUCUUGUAUCUUCAAAUAUCCGCAGUGAGUCCUUUGGGUGAACCAUGUUCUAUGCCAUGUAUUAGGUUUAAUAAUGUUAUGUUCGGCACCUUUCCUAUCUUUCUUUGCAGCCACAUUCAAAACCUCAUUUUCCUAUCUAAAUUUUUUCUUAUUUCCUUUUUAUGGGUUUGUUAAACGUCCAUACUAGUCACAGGAUACCAUGAGGAUUCUUGGUGCUAGUUUCAUGCCAUUGAUGUGUAAACUGCCCAUGUGAUGUGGCAGACUGUCUUGUUGGACUAAUGCAGAUGCGAUAUUUUGUGUUCUAGCUAAAGGGAGAUCCAUCAUUCCACUGUGCUUCGAUGCCCUCAGCUGUUUGCAGGUAGGUACAGCACCCUUGUUCUUCCAUGAACGAUCUGCGGGGCACAUUUCUUACCAAAUAGCAUGCGUUGUAAUUUAUUUGGCUCGUAUGUGGCCUAAAUCCUUACCAUUCUCUAUAUAUCACAGCCUGGUACCUCUACAUUCCGAUGAGCAGUAUUUCUUCGGAAGCUCCAUGGAUGGAUCAGUGAGUUUUCAGCUCCAUCUGUUUUGCUAAAUUUCUCUCAUCUUGGUUGAUAAAAGUAAGCAUCUGCAUGCUCCUUUGGGAUUUCUGAGUGGCUUCUGGUAGGACCCUGGUCCUGGACAGGAGCGGACAACAGACAUAUGGAAAUAGAAAGGGGAUGGUUGAAGAUUAACAGUAGGCAAUGUAGCCGGGCCCCAAAGAACCCUAGAGUUGGUGGAGAGGUCCCCUGCUCUCCCUCUGCCGCAGCUGCCCUAGAAUACUCCUCGAUACCCCCUUCCCCCCCAACGACCGGAACCCUAAUACCUCUUUUCCUAACAAGCCAUCACUUGAAGGGAUUGUUGGGUUCCUUCGAGAGUUGGUUCUAAGGCCCCUUGAGCCUCUCUUCUAGGCUGAUAGUAGUUAGGCUCACUGGGGGGCUAACAGCUUCCAAACUUAAUGUUCUUUUCAUCAUUGUUAAACUAGUCAUAUAGAACUUUUCAUCAGGCCGUGUUUGGGACAACCAUUCGCUAAGAGUCUCUUUACCUGCAACAGAUCUGUUUCCUAUAACUUCGUAUCUGAAAGAUCUAUUUCCUUUAACUUAACAUCCGAUUUUUUUUUCUAAGAAUCCUAACUCCUUGUUCUCUUUGGGCCUGCCACAUGUCUUGGACCUUGAGCAGUUACGUCAGCGUUGACAUUUAUUCAGUUCAGCAAUUGUUUUGUUAUACAAAUGUCAAACAUUUUUUUACGAGAGCAGUAUACAUAGAAUACUCGUGCCUUGGGUUCCUGCUAAUGUUGCUGAUAAGACUCAUGAAAUGUAUUAAGAAUUGAUCAUUGCUAUUGUAAAAUCAAAUAACUAUCAUUUUUGUCCAAUCUAAAUAAGCAAGAUAUCUAUUGAUUCGUCAUUCUCAAGACCUGUUCUGCGAAUUAAAUUUUUUUACAACCUUAGAGACUCAUGUAAUAUCUGGAAUAGUGGGCCUUUGAAUGGAUGCUUCACAAUGAUAGAAUAUUAUUGCACGAUCCAAUUAAGACCAUUUAGGAUAGAGUUACGUGUAUUGGGGAUAAAGCAAGAAAUAUUAGUCUCCUUCACAAGAGCAUUCCAUUCUUUCUUUCUUUCAUUUUCCCUCCGCAUAUAUUUAUUUUUAACGUUCUUCUCUGAUUUCUGUGUGCGGCAAGUAAUAUAAUAUUAUCAGUAUCUCAAAAGCUGUGAAAAGCUUCACAAUAGCUCAAAUAAUAAUGAUAAUGUCCCUUGAAGGAUUUGUUUCAACAAUGAAGCUAGGAAUAGCUAUAAAAUAAAGUUCAAGUCUCCUAUUUUCCAUGAUGGCAUUAUUUAUUUCACAAUUAUUUGAACAUUUUCCAAUGCUUGUUGUCAAAAUUAUAUCUGUUUGAAGAAAAUAAUCAACUACCAGUGCCUUUUAGGCAUCCAUUUAUCAUGAAUGACAUACAUGUGAGAUAUUAUCAAAAUCAAUGUGAUGGCUUGUUUGGGUGUUCACACUUUUUAGUCUUAUAUCAAUCGUAGAGCUUUGUAUCAAUUUAAAAAUGUAACAUGCUUCUUCUAGAUGAAGAAAUUAGGAUCUGUGACAUAUUGGAGAGUAAUUGUUGAAAGAAAGUUAUGCCAAGGAUAAGAGGCAACUACUUGCAUUCAAGGGAAUUUCGUAACCAUCCCGUGAAGAAUUUUCACAUAUGAAGUUUGAGGAAUAUAUUUCAAACUUCUUCCUUCUACAUGGCUACGUAUUUCUUAUAAUUGUAUGCUUCAUGCGAGGAUGACAAGACCUCAAAAUACAUCUGUGUCUGUCAAAGAGGAUUGCUAAUUAGGUAAAGACUAGGAUUAUAUCGAAUGCAUGCGAGUAAAUAGUCGUAACAUAUGGGAAUAUCAAAGAACACAUUGGUAAAACAUGCUUGCUCUUACUCUCCCUAUCCUGUUACUCUCUCUAGUUUCAAUCAUGAGGUACCCAUUACCAAUCUCUGAGAUGUUGAAGAAUUUCUGAUUCAAAUCCUUGUAUCAGCCAAAUUCAAAAUCAAUCUUCUGCUGCUAAGCUGCUCCCCACAUUAUUUACUGCUCAUCAUUAUAUUGUGAUUGUACCUCAACCAUCUGGUUUAAGUUAGAUAGCGGUAUCCCCAUUGUUGACUUUGGGUUUAUCAAACAGCGAAGAUGCAUGAAGUGAAGGAUAGUUUAAAUGAGUUAAAUCAUUGAUGAGUAGAUAGCUAACUAAGCUUGGAAAAUAAUGGAAGCCAUACGAUUUUUUCAUGUGACACUCUAUUAUGUUUCUGAUGCCAAAUGUUUCGCUAUGCUAUCACUUACAAACCAAAAGUGGCAGCAAAUUAAAAUAUCUACAAGGCCUAAUCAAGUUCGACACGAAUAUUCUCUAGUUCAUUUAAGACAACAACAGAUUGGAUGAAAAAAAAAGGCACCCACCCAUUAAAAGAUACCAUUAAAAUUAUUAUAUGAAUCACCAAUGUGUUCAAAUGGUAGAUAGAUCGAGCCAUUUUCCCGUUCCUAAGCUUUCUUGCUGUCAAUAACCUCAGGGAUCGUCCUUGUCUGCAUGAUAGCAGUUGCGCUUCUUUUUGCCAUGAAAGGAGUGUUCUUGAAUGCCAUGAUGUUUCUCUGCUCUUCAGUUCUUCUUCCUCCUUCAAUCACAGUGUUGUGAUUCUCUCUUCACUCAUCCCGUUUCCUGUAUGGAUCCAGAUUGAGCUAUUUGACCAGCGUCUCCUGCAUAGAGGACCCGUGCAGUCGUACGAAGGGCAUGCCAACUCCCACUCUCAUCUGGAGCUGGGAGUAGACCCCUCUGAGGCCUUUGUAUUGUCUGGUAACAAUUUUAUCACUAAGAUGCCACUGCUUUUCUGCCUGGCAUGCCGGGUGAGGAUAUCAUAAUAGGGUCUAAACCACUGCUAAAUAUAUAAUAUAGGCGGAGAAGACUGCUAUCUGCGGAUUUGGAGCAUUAAGAGCGGCAAGAUGCUCUUCGCAGAAAACGUCUCAGAUUCCGUCCUGAAAACAGUUUGCUGGAUGCCAGGUGGGGAUCAGACCGACGGUUGGAACCCUAGCCCUUUUUAUGAUCAGACUUUCUUCACAGUCCCUCCUCUCACAGCUCGAUCCAUUGUGAUCGCGCGUGCCCACGCAGGGUUCCAGAGGCCGUCUGCUCAUGGGCUGCAUGCCGACGCGGACUUCCAUGGCUGCGACCGAAGAAUGGGGGGGGCAUGGCUGGGGUCCAGGGAGGGGCUCUUCUACCUGAACAGAGCCUGA